CGUGUCGUGUCAUUUGACUAGUACUACAAAAACACUCACUACUGUUUGUAAUGGAGUCCUUUCAUGGAGUUUUAGAAAACAGACUGUACAGUCAGGUAUCUUGGAGGCAGUGGGUGUUUAUUGUUACGAUCGGACUACUUCUGGUGUUAGGGUUGGCGAUAUUGAUAUCUUCUGUGACUUUUCUCCAUGCUCCGAACAAUGACCUGCCCGACAGAUGUGCCGGUCCAUGGAAACAAAGCUUACAAGAAUCAAGCCAAGGAGAGUUAGAGACUAACCCAACGACAUCCGCCUAUGUCGAGACCUUGUUGGGCGACUCGUGUUCUGGAGACGAUAGUUGCCCCGAGAACUCGGUUUGUGAAUCAGGACAAUGCUCCUGUAAUCUGACGUACAUUGCACACAGUGGGAAAUGCUACAAAGUUUUAAACUUGGCCCUCGGAAAGGCAGUGUUUGGGAGCUCAACCAUGCCAGGUCGUAAGGCAACCGAAGGCUGGGAAAACGCGGUGGACGGACGCACCAGAGUUCGAGACUUCAAUCUUAUCUUCCACACAGGUUUCGAGCUCUACCCCUGGUUAUCCAUUGCUUUGGGAGGAGUGGGUCUAGUCAAGAACAUCACCCUGUAUAAUCGAAUUGAUAAUUACGGUCGUUGGCUUCAUGACGUUGAAACAAGAGUAGGAAACUCCUCGGAUUGGUCAAAAAUGUCAACCUGCGGGACAUUUGUGGGCCCCAGUAAAACGGGUCAGAUGCACACCAUUGAGUGCGGGACACUCCUGGCUGGUACAGUCGUGACAGCGAAAAUAGUCAAACCCAACUAUAUAAAAGACGACCCGGCAGCCCGGGGCGGGAAAAACUCCCUCGUUCUGGAAGAAGUUGUCGUCGAAGGAAUUUUUCUAUGACAAUUGCAUUUAUACCACCCAAAAUAUUUAAACAUGUAUAUGAGUAAGACGUGUAUUGUAUUUUGUUUAUCGUUAUUAUUAUGGCAUUAUAUGCAGUAUGGUCUAUUUACUCAUUGAAUGCUAUUUUGGGUGUCGUCGGUGCUACAACACACCAGGACGAUGC